UUAUCUCUGAUGUACAGAGAGAUUAACGGCUCUGGCAGGAAAUGAAGCAUUUCUGUUAAAGUGACAAACUGAAGACAGUGUGUCAGAGCUAAAGCCAAGAAAGCCUUAUUUCUAAAUUAUUUAAAAUGUCUGCAAUUGAGAAUUUGAGAAAGGUUAUCAACGAGCGACUAAAUGCUGCUGUGGAGGAAAUAUUAGGAGUUUGUGAGCACACUAUAGUUGUGUACGAGGAGAAGAUCGUCCGUCAACGCAGAUUGCUGGAUAUGCUUUUGAAGCCUGACAUAAAGCUACACAGGACAGAGCUCAAACAGCAACUUGUCUGUAAGCAGGAGGAGAAUGAAGUGCUUCUUGAUCAGCAGCUCUGUAUUAAGAAGAGCAACUCCAUUUUGGAUCAAGAGCCUGCAAAGAUUAAAGAAGAACAGGAGGAACUGUGCACCAUGGAGGGAGAGCAGCUCGUACUGAAGCAGGAGAGUGCAGCAGAGGAACAUCCCGUUGACAAAAUUCGUAUUGUGUGGGUGAGAUCUGAAUCUGACAGGAAGAACUCUGUUGUAUCAGAGCAGAGAAGUGGCAAACAGCUCCUCCCCAACACCUCUCAAGUAACAGAUAAUCAAGACCACAGAAGAAAAAACCAUGGAAACGAAACACAAAAAACAAAUACAACACCAAAACCUAAGCAGCAGAAAGGUGCAUCCAUUACAAAAAUGUCAAAUAGUUGCGGAAACACAUUGUCAACUACAAAUUCUGAGCCAAAACCAAAGAAGAAACCUAAUGAAGAGAAAGCAUCAAGUACAUGUUCUGAGCCUAAACCAAAGAAGAAACCUGAUGAAGAGAAAGCAUCAUGUUCUGAGCCUAAACCAAAGAAGAAACCUGAUGAAGAGAAAGCAUCAAGUACAUGUUCUGAGCCUAAACCAAAGAAGAGAAAUAAUGAAGAGAAAGCAUCAAGUACAAAUUCUGAGCCAAAACCAAAGAAGAAACCUGAUGCAGAGAAAGCAUCAAGUACAUGUUCUGAGCCUAAACCAAAGAAGAAACCUGAUGCAGAGAAAGCAUCAAGUACAUGUUCUGAGCCUAAACCAAAGAAGAAACCUGAUGGAGAGAAAACAUCCUCAACUACAAAUUCUGAGCCUAAACCAAAGAAAACAAAUAAGCAUAGUGAUGGAAGAUCAGCUGCAAUUAUUGAGCCAAAGCCAACAAAUAAAUGUAACACGGUCCAUCCCACAUUGACCACAAAUCAUGCCCCAACAACUCAAGAUAAACAUUACAAAGGAAACACAACAUCAGCAGACACUACUCAGCCAAAUCCCCAGAACAAACCUUGCAAGUGCGACGAAUGCGGCAAAGCAUUUUCUCAUUUCCAUGACUUAAAAGUUCACAUGAGAAUCCACACGGGGGAAAGGCCUUUUGAAUGCAGCUACUGCGCAAGGAAGUUCGUCCAGAGUUCUCCUUUGAGACGACAUAUAAAAACUCACACUGGAGAAAAGCCCUUCCAAUGCAAAUCAUGUGGGAGAAAGUUUGCCCAGAUGUCUUCGGUAAACAAGCACAUGAGAACUCACACAGGGGAGAAGCCCUUUGUUUGCAUCACCUGUGGAAGAGGAUUCAGCUGCAAAGUGAAUAUGCAGAAGCACAUGAGGAUUCACACAGGUGAGAAGCCCUACACCUGCAGCGCCUGCUGGAAGGACUUUGCAGACUACUCAUCGCUGAAAUGUCACACUCGACUGCACACAGGGGAGAAGCCUUAUCAAUGCCCUCAGUGUAAGAAAAGAUUCACAGUCAGCACAACUUUGACAAAGCACAUAAGAACCCACACAGGUGAAAGGCCAUAUAAGUGCAACACUUGUGGAAACAGUUAUUUUCAAAGAAUACACUUGAAAAUACACCUCAGGGUUCACACAGGCGAGAAUCCGAACAAAUGCAGCGUCUGUGGAAAACAGUUCAGAAGCGGAGUAAAGCUGAAAAUUCACAUGAAGGAUCAUACUGAUGACGCUCCGAGCAGCAGUUCUGUAAAGUUGUAAAUGCAUAUCAUGAAAAAAGUCAUCAUUAUGUAACAAAAGGGCUUUUUUUAGAUCUUGUAAAAAGUGUUCUCCUCAUGGCCUUAAAGAAAAUUGGCCCUUGAAAUAGUGUUGGAGCUGUUUGAGCUCACAGGCCUCUGAACCACACAUAUGUGAUAUCGACAAGGAGUGAAUGGGAAAUGUGUGAAAUGGAUAAAAAAUGUUUUGGCCUGGAAUCAGCUGCUCCCUUAAGUAUUACAGGAUUUGAAUAACCCUCUAUGAUCAACAGAUUACUCAAAAUGCCUCUGUAGCUGUAGAAAACAACUCAUGGUCCCAUUCUGCCAUCAUGUGGUCCUUUAUAUAUUUGCAACAUUUCAUUUACAUAUAUAUUUUUAUUUGCUUUCAGGUGAUAUUCGGUGUGGUGGGUUGUGUGUUAUUUGCAAAUUGCUUGUAGAUUUGUAUGCUGUCAAUAUCCGCUUGUAUUGCUAUCCCUGUGCAACAUUUCCAUUGGUAUCUAUUGUUUUUAGUUUUAGUGACUACUCUUUUUUGUUUGGUGUUUGUUUGACAUUUGCAUUAAAAUGAUAUUAUGUGUCUUAA